GGCCCGCCCCGGCCCCGCCCGAGCGGGAGGGCCGGGGCGGGGCGGCGCGGAGCGGAGGAGAGCGAAGCGGCUGCCAUCAUGUUGUGCGGGGGCGCCUCGGCGGUCCGGGCCGCCACCCCCGAGACGCAGCAGAUCGCGGAGGAGGUGAAACCUCAACUAGAAGAAAAAGAAGGGAAAACCUUUGAUGUCUUCACUGCCGUGGAGUUUAAAACUCAGGUGGUUGCUGGAACAAACUACUUCAUCAAGGUCCAUGUUGGCAAUGACGAGUUCAUGCACCUGCGGGUUUUCAAGAGCCUUCCUCACGAGAACAAGCCGCUGAGUCUCCACAGUUACCAGAGCAGCAAGACUAAGCAUGAUGAACUGGCUUUUUUCUAGCAAGCUUCUAUCUUGUGUGUUUUCCUAAUGGGUUCUUAUGUGCAUUUUCUAUAGCGUGCAAACUGUUGAUUCCUGUGCCAACAAAGGAGAAAAGAAAGUGUAUGUUUUUUAACUUCCUACUGGAAAAAAUCAGUUGCUUUUAUGCCAUUCCCUUCCUGUGCAAUAUCUAAAUUUUAGAGUCACAUGGUUCUCCUUUCACCUGCACUAAUGCAAAUCCAAGUAGCUGCACUGACUUCAGUGCAACAUAACUGCAACACUGCUGCUGAGUCCUGUUUCUGGACUUCCUUGGUUUAGAAACUGAAAGGGGAGUGGCACUGGCAUUCUGUAUUUGCAGCAAGGAGCGAGAGGAAAACUCUUAUCUUUUCUGCGCUAUUUUGCAACUGUGAAUAUAUCUGUAGGUUUAAAUCGUGCUAUGUAUUUUCUUGGCAAAGACCUGAAGAGAGACCCGAGCCAAAGUGGUUUUGAAAGCAAGAGGAGGGUUAUAGUCUUUUGAAACAAACAUUCCCUUGGUAACCAUGUUGAUCUGCUUGCAGCAGUAGGAUAUAAUGCCCAGUAGAGGGGGUAUGAGUUUAAAAACAGAACUGAACUUGCUGCUUUUCUCAGUCCUAAGGAAAAGUCCUGGAAAAGAACUUAAGCUGGACAAGCAUUUCUGCAUUAAUAAUAAUAAACAUUUCUCUUUAAUUGAAAGGGCA